AUGUUUGUGUUGAUAAUUUUGUGAUUCUCUCUCUCUUCUUACCUUGAUAAUCAAGGUUUAAUUAAUUUUGUACAUUUAUCAUCACAAUUAUCAUCACCAUCAUCGUCAUCAAUUUCGUAUUAUUCAUCUUGAGAGGUUUCCUUUGACUCCUGUUUUCCAUCGCCAUCAUAAUCAUCAGUCUGUUGGAUUUUUUUUUAUUCCUUCCAAUUGAUUGAAGUAACUUAACAUAAUUUAUUUAUUGUUUUUCGUUAAUUCUCCUUAGAUUUUUACUAAUCUAAUUAUAUUUAAACAAACUGAAUCGAAUAAUAACUAAAUUUAUCAUGUCAACAAUUAAACCUAAAGUUGUUUUUGUCCUUGGACCUCCUGGUUCAGGAAAAGGAACUCAAUGUUCAAAGAUUGUUAAGGAAUUUGGGUUUGUUCACCUUUCAGCCGGUGAUUUACUUCGUGCAGAAAUGUCAGCCGAUGGAUCUGAAUUUGGAGAGUUAAUAUCCAAUCAUAUAAAAAAUGGAACCAUUGUACCAGUUGAAAUAACUUGUUCUCUCUUGGAGAAAGCUAUGAUUAAACACUGUUCUCAGGCAAAUGGAUCAAUGACUGAUGGUGAUGUUGCCGGUGAUGCGAUUAAAUUUGAUGGUAACUUUUUGAUUGACGGUUUUCCUCGUAGCGAAAAUAAUCUUGAAGGUUGGAAGAAAGAGAUGACUGGUAAAGUGGAGGAAAAAUUUGUUCUCUUCUUUGAUUGUCCCCAAGAAAUAGCCAUACAAAGAUGUCUUAAACGAGGACAAGCCGGUUCUGGUCGAUCGGAUGAUAAUGAGGAAAGUCUUAAGAAAAGAUUGAACACUUACCACAAUGAUACACUUCCAAUCAUCAAAUAUUACGAAACAUUGGGACUUGUUCGUCGGAUUAAUGCUUCUCCUUGGCCAAAUGAAGUUUAUCAAGAAGUUAGAAAAUGUUUCCUUGAGUGAUUAACACAAUCACAAUUUAAAAUUAUUCUCUCGCUCUCUUCACCGCAAUUCCUUUCAAAGUUAAUCAGACUUUUCUUCAUUAUAAUUAAUAUUUUUUCGUAACUUCUUCAAUUCUGUCAACCCGAACAUGUUUAGACUCCAUAGUUGAUUAUCACAAUUCUCUCCCUCUCUAUCUUCCUCUAAUUAUUUAAUUCGCUUGAUUAUAUUUCCUUUCUUACCUCUUCUCCUUGGCAUGUUACAGUUUCUCUCAAACAUAAUUCUCACCUUUUUUUGAUCAAAGUUUUGAUAAUCUUCACGUUUUCUCCUCUCGAAUAAUUGAUUUAACUCUCUCCCCCUCACUAAUUCCUCUUAUCCUCUUAUCCCAAUUACCUGAAAAUUUGAUUACUGUAUUCCCGAGACAAUUCAAUUAAGAAUAACUUUUCAACUUGAGAGUCAAAACAAAAAUCUAAGUCUACAAAUAGUAUUACAAAAAUAAUUACAAUACUACUUUCCUUUUGUAUUAAACUUUUGUUGCUAUUUAAU